AUGAGGCAAGCAGGAGGAAUCCAGAUGAGAAGCUYGAACCACCUCAAAACAGAUGCCCUCCAUAGUUGCCUCYAUAACCCCAGGAGACCACYGUGGACCUCACCCUACCAGGUACCGGAGUUCACAGGGAGACUCCAGCCUCUCUACCAGGCUGAGCUGCUGAUGCUACAGAGCUGCAAUAAAGAGAAAUAUUACAUCAAAGAUAUUUCUACAGAGACAGAGGACCUGCUCUCUGCAGCUUCCUGUCUCACAAAAGGCUCUACUGUUUCCCCCCUCUGUGUUUCCUCUGCUGCCUCCCUGCCCCCUUCCUCAACACCCCAGUGGUACAUUCCCUCCCUCUCCACCGGUGCAUUCCUCACUGCCUUCGCCCUCGUCAGGAGUCCCUCUGUCAGCCGGCUCMACGACUUUGGAGCCGCUCUUCUAGUGAACCUGAGAAAUAAGCAGGAAGGGCCCCCGGCUGCAGACUUAAGCUGKGCUGGGAACGGGGGAACAGAGCGGCGCAUUGUACUGGACGUACUGGGGGAGCUCAGGCAAUCCCAAAGCAAUGAAUUGAAUSSCUUUCUUUAUUUCUCGUCCUCCUCAGAUCCAGUGGAUGUGUUGCGUGCUCUGCAGGUUCCCUCUCUCCCUGAGGGUGUGAAGAAAGUCCCAGGCUUCUGCACAUCCCGUCGCUCCAGCAGCCCUGAUCAUGCUUACCGCAUCACCAAGAAGGCCCAGAUCUCAGCCCCCACCAAGCAGCUCUUCUCAGGUCGUUUCCCGGAGAACUUCUCCAUCAUGACUCUGAUCAAGCCCCAGGCUGGUCUGCAGGCCUUCCUCCUCUCCAUCUACAGUGAACAGGGGAUCCAGCAGUUGGGCAUUGAACUGGGACGCUCACCUGUUUUCCUGUAUGAGGACCAGCAUGGCAAACCAGCUCCUGAGGAUUACCCACUCUUCAGAGGCAUCAACCUGGCUGAUGGCAAGUGGCAUCGGAUCGCUUUCUCUGUUUCAAAGAAAAAUGUGACACUGCUGCUGGACUGUAAGAAGAAGAUGACCCGUCCCCUGGCCCGAGGCAACAAUGCUGAGGUUGACACCAAYGGCAUCACCGUGUUUGGAGCUCGUCUGCUUGAUGAGGAAGUUUUCCAGGGAGACAUCCAGCAGCUGUUAAUUGCCUCCAACCCUCAGGCAGCAUAUGAUUUUUGUGAACACUACAGCCCUGACUGUGACUCCCCUCUGCCCAAAACCCAAGCUCAGGACCCCAACACUUACAAGAAAGCACUCGAUGGAAAAGCAGCUCCAUCUAAACCCCUUCUUGUAAAAGUUAAACCCACUCCACCUAAGACAGCCAAGACUGGAACAUACAAAGUGGUUGUAAAGCCACCUAUGCCCACCAAAGCCUCUAAAUCUCCUGUAGCUAAAUCACCUAAAGCAAAACCUACUGCAGCAGAGAUCCUCUUGCCUAAGAUCAAGCCAACUACAGCAAGUAAAUCUAAACCCACAUCUGCUCCUGCUAAGAAUGGAAAUGGCAAAUCAACUGCUCAGAAGAAACCAAAUACUGGUGCUAAAGUCAAUGGUAAUGGUAAUGGAAAGACAUCUGCGGAGAAAUCUAAUGGUAACAGCAAAGCUCAAACCCAAACUAGUGGAAAUAGUAAAGGGAACGGAAAGGCCUCCGUUGUGUCUAAGGUGAAUGGAAAUGGCAAUGGCAAAGCUACAACAGAGAAGAAAGCUGUUGGAAAUGGCAAAGCUGCUGCUGAAGUCAAAGUUAAUGGCAAUGCUGGGAAUAAAGUGAACGAUGCAGCUAAAGCAAACGGCAAAACCAAAGAGGCUACAAAAAUUAAAACCACUAACAAACCAAAGACUGCGGCCAGUGUAGCUACUUUAACCUCCAAGCCAAAAACUACUAAAGCACCCAAACCCACCAAACCAGCUCCAACAAAAAUGGCAAAACCUGCUGCAACCAAGAGUUCAGUAGGAAAGAGUAAAGAUGUGGUCAACAAGGUUCCUCUGGUCAAACCAACUAUCGGCAAACCUCAGAAGGUUUCCAAUCCAACAAAAGCAACAUCUCCGUCUCCAGCCAUCCGACCCACUUCGCCUAAACCUACAAAACCCAAGACGACAAACAACGAUGUCAAAUCCCAACACAGGCCUUUCCCACCGUUUGACAAGGCUGCGCUGAGUGGAUCUGAAGUUAAGAAAGUUACCAUCGGUUUUCAACAGGAUGUAGACACUGAAUAUUCUGAGGCUGGCCACACCCCUACAGACACCGAUUAUUACUAUGAGGAGAUGGUUCCACAGCCAGACGGUGAGGUGAUUGGAGAAGAAGAGAUACCUGUUCAGCCUCAGGUAGAACCAKCCCUGGAAGGAGAGGAGUUAGACGCCACAAAGACAGGCGGUGUGGGAGAAGAAGUCUUCACUGAGGAGUAUGUGACUGGAGACUUGGGCAUGAAGGAAUAUGAUUAUUCCUACAAAGACUACAGUGACCCAGUACCAGAGACCAGAGAGGCUGAUGGCUACAUGGGGCCCGCCUUGUCCGCUGUGACCGAUGAGGGAGGCGUGAGUAUUUUUGCUUUUGAAGCAAAGAAUUGCUUUAACCAAUCAGGAAGUUCUGUCAUGCUGCCUUUCCGCUUUGGACAGAGUGGAGGAGACAAGGGUCCCGUUGUUUCUGCACAGGAAGCCCAGGCAGCAGCCAUCUUGUCUCAGGCCAGGAUGGCUCUGAAGGGACCGCCUGGACCGAUGGGAUUCACAGGACGCCCAGGACCCCUGGGAAAUCCAGGAAGUCCAGGUUUGAAAGGCGAGAGUGGAGAUCAUGGUYCUCAGGGCCCCAGGGGUCCCCAGGGUUUGAUGGGUCCUCCAGGMAAAUCUGGAAGAAGAGGCCGUGCUGGUGCUGAUGGUGCUAGGGGAAUGCCAGGAGAGACUGGGACCAAGGGUGAUCGUGGUUUUGAUGGCCUUCCUGGUUUGCCUGGUGACAAAGGACACAGAUUAUCAAUCGUGUUGCACAGUUUUGCAACAAACUCGAUCAACAAAAUUACCUGUUUUCCUUUGCAGGGAAUGCCAGGACCUCAGGGGGCGAUCGGACCACCAGGAGAGAAAGGUCCGACUGGAAAACCAGGUUUGCCAGGAAUGCCAGGAGCUGACGGCCCUCCUGGUCACCCAGGAAAGGAGGGGCCAUCUGGCACUAAAGGAAAUCAGGGUCCCAACGGCCCUCAGGGAGCUAUUGGUUAUCCUGGACCUCGUGGCAUUAAGGGAGCUCAAGGAAUCCGAGGUCUAAAGGGUCACAAAGGAGAGAAGGGUGAAGAUGGAUUCCCAGGAAUUAAGGGAGAUUUUGGCGUCAAAGGAGAGCGGGGUGAGAUUGGAGUACCUGGACCCAGAGGAGAGGACGGUCCUGAGGGGCCAAAGGGUCGUGUUGGACCCCCUGGUGAGCUUGGACCGCUUGGCCUUGCUGGGGAAAAGGGUAAACUUGGUGUACCUGGACUUCCUGGAUAUCCUGGAAGACAAGGAAUCAAGGGAUCUCUUGGAUUCCCUGGAUUCCCAGGAUCAAAUGGAGAGAAGGGAACAAGGGGAGUUAGUGGAAAACAAGGACCAAGAGGACAAAGAGGACCAACGGGAACAUCUGGAAGCGACGGCCCUCCUGGUCCUCCCGGAGAGAGAGGAUUGCCUGGACCUCAGGGAGCCAACGGCUUCCCCGGGCCCAAAGGACCUCCUGGACCACCAGGGAAAGAUGGACUGCCUGGACAUCCUGGGCAGAGAGGAGAAGUUGGUUUCCAAGGUAAARUGGGCCCACCGGGGCCUCCUGGAGUUGUUGGACCUCAGGGUCCAUCAGGAGAAACUGGCCCCAUGGGUGAGCGUGGCCAUCCUGGCCCCCCAGGUCCACCUGGAGAGCAGGGACUUCCUGGUCAGUCAGGGAAAGAGGGCACUAAGGGUGACCCUGGGCCUCCAGGGGGUCCUGGAAAAGACGGGCCCCCAGGCCUGAGAGGUUUCCCCGGAGAGAGAGGACUUCCUGGAACCCCUGGUGGAGGAGGACUGAAAGGAGGAGAAGGACCUGCUGGACCUCCUGGACCUGCUGGUUCUCCUGGAGAGAGGGGCCCAGCUGGAACUGCCGGACCUGUGGGGCCUCCGGGCCGACCCGGUCCUCAGGGGCCACCUGGACCAGCUGGAGAGAAAGGAGUCCCCGGAGAAAAAGGACCUAUUGGCCCAGCGGGUCGAGACGGAGUUCAAGGACCGGUGGGUYUGCCAGGUCCUGCUGGAUCACCUGGAGUACCUGGAGAGGACGGUGAUAAGGGUGAAGUUGGAGAACAUGGUCAGAAAGGAGCCAAGGGAGGAAAAGGAGAGCAUGGUCCUCCUGGUCCACCUGGCCCAAUGGGUCCAGUCGGUCAGCCUGGUCCUGCUGGCGCAGAUGGAGAACUGGGACCCAGGGGCCAACAGGGGCCGUUUGGGGCUAAAGGUGAUGAUGGGACUCGAGGAUUCCCAGGGGCUCCAGGACCAAUCGGACUGCAGGGGCUUCCUGGACCACCUGGUGAGAAGGGAGAAACAGGCGAUGGUGGACCUAUGGGGCCACCAGGACCUCCUGGACCUCGCGGCCCUGCUGGUCCCAACGGAGCCGACGGUCCUCAAGGUCCUCCUGGCGGUUUGGGUAAUCCUGGACCUCUUGGAGAGAAGGGAGAACCUGGUGAAGCUGGACCGCCUGGUGUUGGAGGAGAGCCUGGAAAGAAGGGACCUCGUGGAGAGCGUGGAGAGAAGGGAGAGGCUGGACAACCUGGAACAGCUGGACCUGCAGGAGGGAGAGGACGACCCGGGGACGACGGACCCAAAGGAAACCCAGGUCCUGUUGGUUUCCCUGGCGAUCCCGGCCCCUCUGGUGAGGUCGGACCCAGAGGUCAAGAUGGGGCCAAAGGUGAGAGAGGAGAGGACGGAGAACAGGGAGAGUCGGGCUCCCCGGGACCUCCUGGAGAGAAUGGACCUCCUGGCCCGCCAGGAAAGAGGGGUCCUGCUGGAACAAGAGGAGCAGAAGGACGACAAGGAGAGAAAGGAACCAAAGGAGACCCCGGUGCCGUUGGGCCUCCUGGAAAAACUGGACCUGUUGGUCCUCAGGGUCAGCCAGGAAAACCAGGAACAGAAGGUCUGAGAGGUCUGCCAGGAUCAGUGGGAGAGCAAGGAGCUCCAGGAGCUGCUGGACAGAAAGGACCGCCUGGACCGAUGGGACCUCCGGGUCUGCCUGGGCUGCGUGGAGAACCCGGAGCGAAGGGAGAGAAGGGCCACCAGGGUCUCAUUGGUCUGAUUGGACCUCCAGGCGAGCAGGGAGAGAAGGGAGACCGAGGUCUGGCUGGGCCACAGGGGUCCUCUGGACCCAAAGGAGAGCCGGGCAUGGCUGGAGGAACCGGACCUCUGGGCCCUGCUGGUCCUCCUGGUCUUCCUGGACCUCAAGGUGUCAAAGGAGCAAAGGGUGCAACAGGAGGAUCUGGUCCAAAAGGAGAAAAGGGUGUUCAGGGACCUCCUGGGCCUCCUGGCCCACCAGGCGACGUCAUUCAGCCGAUGCCCAUCCAGAGGAGUCCCAAGUCCAAACGCUCCAUUGAUGCCAGCCAGCUGCUGCCGGAGUUCGACCCGGACAUGCCGGCGUCGGACACGGCCGGCGCAGAGUUCCUGAUGGGCAGCGAGGGCAUGGAGGAGAUCUUCGGCUCUCUGAAUUCGCUGCGGCAGGAGAUCGAGACGAUGCGCUUCCCUCUGGGCACWCAGGACAGCCCGGCCCGCACCUGCCAGGACCUUCACCUGAGCCAGCCAGAACUCAAGGAUGGAGAAUACUGGAUCGAUCCCAACCAGGGCUGCUCCAGAGAUUCCUUCAAGAUCUUCUGUAACUUCACCAGUGGAGAAACGUGUCUGCAGCCCAGAACAGGCGUCGACACGGUGAAGAUGAGCACCUGGACCACAGAGACUCCAGGCUCUUGGUACAGUCAGUUUUCCUCUGGCAGUAAGUUCUCCUAUGUGGACUCUAACGGCGCGCCCGUCGGCGUGGUCCAGCUGGGCUUCUUGCGUCUCCUGAGCGUCCAGGCCCGUCAGAACCUAACAUACCACUGCCACCGCUCCGUGGCCUGGGCCGACCGAAGCGCCAAGAACAACCACAAGAGGGCGCUGCACUUCAGAGGCGCCAACGACGAGGAGCUGAGCUACGAGACCAACCCUUACAUCAAAGCGUUGAUGGACGGCUGCUCUUACCGUAAAGGCUUCGACAGGACAGUCCUGGAGAUCAACACGCCGCAGCUGGAGCAUCUCCCUCUGAUGGACAUCAAGGUGACAGACUUUGGGGAGAGCAACCAGCAGUUUGGCUUUGAAGUGGGACCUGUCUGUUUCCAGGGCUAAACACACGAACACACACCACGCAGAACACACACCAACACUCACACACACACACGCACUUAARCAUGCACACAUGAUCAACAUACAUGCCCGAUAAUUUGUAAAUUAACUUGUAAAUGAUAUUAAAUACAGAAAACCCACACAGACACACACUCACUCUCACUUAUGCGCCUCGGGAAACAUUUCCCCAGCGGCUAACGGACUUAAAAACACAAGAGAAGUGAAAUAAAACUUGUGAAGAGGAGAACGACGACUGGGAGCGCGGCGGCUUAGAAGGAGGAAAAAACCAGGAGAGAACAUUCCUUGGAAUAAAACGUUAUUUUACGAGCAACAGGAAGGUUUCCGGCCUGAGAUGGAAGAUGGAGCCGGCGGCACGAGGCCUGCAGCUCCCUGGUCUCCAGUCCCACCUCACUCUUCCCCCAUCCCACCUCC